UUUUUUUUUUUGUGAGCGAAGAAGACGAACAACGGCUGCUGCAAAGACGCAAGCAAAUCUCGGCUGUGCCAAAUUUUGUUCGCAUUGUUGCGAAUACUUGCACAAGAGUCAUCUUGUCGCUUUUGUGCUGUUGUUUGUGCUUCAGUAUGGCAGUCGUCAUCCGUUUACAGGGAUUGAGGAUCACUGCCGGUUCUCAGGAUAUUCGCAAAUUCUUCACUGGACUCAAAAUUCCAGAUGGUGGUGUACACAUAAUAGGAGGCGAGCAGGAGGAAGCUUUCAUUAUUUUUGCUUCUGAUGAAGAUGCGAGAAGAGCGAUGACGCGCUCGGGGGGGCAAAUUAGGGGCGGGGCCGUGACUUUGCUGCUCAGUAGCAAAGCAGAGAUGCAGAGUGUAUUUGAGCAAAGUGCCAUAAAUGCAGAGAUGGAGCAAAAGAGAAAUGUUGAAGAUGACACAAGGCAUGCCCGAAGAUCUGUGGAGGCCGACACCAACAAGAGGUCAGCAAGUAGAGCGGACAUCAGUCCUCCACCACGCCAAAAGAGAUCCUCAAACUCAAAUGAAGACUCCCCGUGUGUUUUUCUCAAAGGACUGCCAUUCAGUGUGUCUGAAAGAGAGAUUUCUGAAUUUUUCAGUGGUUUGCGUAUCGUUGACCUCGUCCUGUUGAAAAACGCCACCGGAAAAAACAACGGGAUGGGUCUCGUGAGAUUUUCAAACGCUGCAGAAGUAUCGGAAGCCUUGAAAAGGGAUAGGGGAUACAUCGGUUCUAGGUAUGUGGAGAUUUGUCCGACGUCAGAAUACGACUGGCAUCGGUCAACUGCAAGGCAAUCCAUGAGAGCUAACCCGGGAGGCGCCCAGUUUGAAAGACGUGGAUCGCCUUCACAUGGUCAAAAGAAUUUCCAAUACCAUAUGAGGUCGCAGUCACCUGUUGGCCAUAGGGGGUCAUCGUCCAGUGAGGAGUACUGUGUUAUGGUGGAAAACCUCUCCUUUGCUGUGGAAACCGAGGACAUGAAAAGACUUUUUCACCACGCGAGACUGGAUGAUGACCAGAUCUUGUUCAUUAAUUUUGACGACCGCAAAAGUAGGUCUGCAUUUGUACUCUUUAAGACUCUUCGAGAGUAUCGUGAGGCAUCCGAGCAGGAGACAAAACCCUUUUUCAAUCGAUUGAUUCAUAUCCGGCCAAUCUCAAGAGAAAAAAUGAUAGCCAUCUUUGAGUCUCAGAAAAUGGAGGUUGGCCCUUCUGGAAACUCCAGAAGGAAUAAUGAGAGGCUUCCAUUUAACACCAUGGAUCAUUCUGACCCCGAGAAAUGCUUGCUUGUGCAAAAUCUGCCCUCAGACGUGCGUAAAGCGGAGGUCCUGGACAUCUUUGGGAUGAAUCUCUCGGAAGAUGACGUGCACUUGCUGCGUGACAAUACAGGUGCAGGGACUGGCAGGGCAUUGGUUCUCUUCCAUUCCGAGUCAACUGCCAUGAGGGCUCUCUCUCUCGACGGACAAAGGUUUCUCGGCGCAAAGAUUUCUCUCAAAUACAUUACACGUGCUCAGAUGCGGGAGUUGAUCGCCGGGCCACCGCGAAGAUUUACUGAGUACCAGGGUUCUGGUGACGGCGAGUACUCUGACUUCAGGAGCCCUCAUCCUGGUAAUAUGCCAAUGAAUACAGGCUAUAAGUCUUAUGGCGACUCAUUUGACAGGGGCAACGGGGCUCGUAGCGGUGGUGGUCCACCAAGACAAGAUUUUACCGAGCCCACAUGUGUAAAGCUAAUUAAUUUACCAUUCCAAAUAAAAGUAGAAGAAAUCUAUGAUUUUUGCCAUGGAUAUCGUAUUAUCCCGGGAUCCAUAUCAUUGCAGUAUGACAGAGGCGGCGCAUUUAAAGGUACCGCAACCGUGGUUUUUGAGACUCGACAGGAGGCAGUUAUAGCAGUGGAGGAACUCAGUGGGAGGCCAAUAGGUGCUCGAAAGAUUCAGCUACUGCUUCUUUGAAAGUGACUUUGGGAUUUUGAUGGCCAGAACGCUCAAGUGUUCUGGUUUGAAAUCCUCAAAUUUGAUAGUUUGAGGGAAGUUGUAGUUUUAUUUUGUCUUACGACAUUUGAUGUCCCCACCCUCUGUGUUUUAUUUUGUGGUAACUGGGUUUUUUAUUCAUUGUCUAUUUGAACGGCACUUAUGUCACUGAUGCGCAAUUUGCAUUUACAUUUUCAUCUUACAUAACAUUUGACUGCAUCCAGGGGAAGUCCCAUUAUGCUAUUGUUUACUGUACGUGGGAUAUACAAUUCAUCAACCGCUUAUUGUGAUGCCUAUUAAAAAGACUGCUUCUCAUUCA